UGUUAAUUAAGAUUAAAACCUGGCUAACUGGCUGAUAGAACUUGGUGCUCCCGGUGACAGUUGUUUCUUUCUCUGCAGACUUCUAAUGGAACGUGGUUUCACCAGUUGAAACUGCGUUAUUUCGACCACCUGCUACAGGCGAGCGUGACGGCUGUGGCCGCCUGCGAGAAUCCGGCAACGUCACUGCAACCGGCGUCGCCACUGGUGACGUGCAGAACGACAGCCGUCACUGUGAAACUGCCUCAUGGAACAAGUCUGAAGAGGGUCAAAGCUCUGGGUGAAGAGGGGGUAGUUGGGAGAGCGCUCACAACAAAGAUCCCCGGCGGAGUGUUGGUGGAGAUAUCGACGGCAGCUGACGCGGUAAGGAAGAUUCACCAUGAUCCAGUUUGCAAAAGAUUAGGGUCAGAGAUAAUAACUGAAUGUUUUGCAGGAUUCCAUCUUUGAGAUGAUUUAUGGAGACUCUGCUGGGGAAAUGUGGGGGAUGCUGGCGGCUUGUUUCAAAGCAGAAAGUAUAAAGGAGAAGGAUCGUUACCCAAGAUCUUUGGAACAUCCACACUGGAAGCUUUGGUAUCUAGAGGACCUUCUUCUUCCAUCGUUCAUUCCAGAACCAAAACAGCUGUUCAUGCCAAAAACAGAAGCAGAAAUAUUUGAGUUGUGGUUAUUUUAUGAAAUUCCUAAUGGAACAUUUACUGGAGAAACAAUAGCUGCUCUAACCAGCGCCUCCACCAGCACUGUUCCAACCACCACAGGUGAAUCAACAACCAAGGCGUUCAUAACUGGUGCUCCAACCACCACCAGUGCUGCUCCAACCACCAUUGCUGCUCCAAUCAACUUCUCCACUGCUCCAACUUUGUCAACCAACCCCUCUCCAACCAGCACAGCUACUUCAAGCAACGCCUCCACCACUGCUGCUCCAACCACCAAAGCUGCUCCAAUCAGCGCAGCUCCAACGAUCAAGAGCACCACCACAGCUGCUCCAAAAACAACCACAGCUGCUUCAAACAGAACUCCUCAAACUCCUCCAACCACCAGUUCCAUUCCAACAACUACCACAGCUGCUUCAAAAAGCGCCUCCACCAGCCUCCACCUGUACUGUUCCAACCACCACAGGCCUCCUCCAACUACGAGAACUCCUCCAACCACCAGUUCCACUACAACAACUACCACUGCUGCUUCAAAAAGCGCCUCCACGAGCGCCGCUCUGCCAAGCACGACAGCCACUCCCACCACAUCUACCACUACAAAUAGCACCGUUCCGACAACUACAAGCACUCCUCAAAUCACCAGCUCCGCUCCAACAACUACCACAGCUGCUCCAAACAGCGUCUCCACUGCUCCAACUUUGUCAACCAGCCCCUCUCCAACCAGCACAGCUACUUCAAGCAACGCCUCCACCACUGCUGCUCCAACCACCACAGGUGAAUCAACAACCAAGGCGUUCAUAACUGGUGCUCCAACCACCACCAGUGCUGCUCCAACCACCAUUGCUGCUCCAAUCAACUUCUCCACUGCUCCAACUUUGUCAACCAACCCCUCUCCAACCAGCACAGCUACUUCAAGCAACGCCUCCACCACUGCUGCUCCAACCACCAAAGCUGCUUCAAUCACCACCACAGCCACUCCAACCAGCGCCUCCACCAGCACUGUUCAAACCACCACAGGCGAAUCAACAACCAAGGCCUUCUCAACUGCUGCUCCAACCACCAUUGCUGCUCCAAUCAGCGCAGCUCCAACGAUCAAGAGCACCACCACAGCUGCUCCAAAAACAACCACAGCUGCUUCAAAUAGAACUCAUCAAACUCCUCCAACCACCAGUUCCAUUCCAACAACUACCGCAGCUGCUUCAAAAAGCGCCUCCACCAGCCUCCACCUGUACUGUUCCAACCACCACAGGCCUCCUCCAACUACGAGAACUCCUCCAACCACCAGUUCCACUACAACAACUACCACAGCUGCUUCAAAAAGCGCCUCCACGAGCGUCGCUCUGCCAAGCACGACAGCCACUCCCACCACAUCUACCACUCCAAAUAGCGCCAUUCCGACAACUACAAGCACUCCUCAAAUCACCAGCUCCGCUCCAACAACUACCACAGCUGCUCCAAACAGCGUCUCCACUGCUCCAACUUUGUCAACCAGCCCCUCUCCAACCAGCACAGCUACUUCAAGCAACGCCUCCACCACUGCUGCUCCAACCACCAAAGCUGCUUCAAUCACCACUACAGCUGUUUCAACCACUACCACAGCCGCUCCAACCAGGGACUCCACCAGCACUGCGCCAACCACCAAGGCUGCUUCAAGCACCAACAAAGCCACUCCAACCAGUGCCUCCACCAGCACUGUUCCAACCACCAAAGGUCCAUCAACCACCACAGCUGCUUCAACCAUCACCAAUGCCGCUCCAACCUGCGCCACUACAUCUACUAGCGCUGUUCCUACCACCACAGGCGCAUCAACAACCAAGGCCUUAAUUACUGCUGCUCUAAACACCACAGCUGCUUCAACCAUCACCGGUGCCACUCCAACCUGCACCACUACAUCUACUAGUGCUGUUGCUACCACCACCAGUGCAUCACCAACCAUGGCCUCUGGCUGUGCCCCUCCAGCCACAACUGCUGCUCCAACCACCACCAGUGCGGCUCCAAAAACCAUUACCGCUCCAACGAUCAAGAGCACUGCUCCCACCACCACUACUACUACAAACAGCGCUGUUCCUCCAACUACAAUCAUUCCUCCAACCACCAGUUCCGCUCCAACAACCACCACAGCUGCAUCAAACAGCGCCUCCACUGGCACUGUUCCAACCACCACAGGCACAUCAACAACCAAGACCUUCACCACUGCUGUUCAAUACAACACAGCCACUCCAACUACGAGCACUCCUCCAAUCACCAGCUCAGCUCCAACCACCACCACCACAGCUGCUUCAACCAGCACAGGUGAAUCAACAACCAAGGCCUUCACUGCCACUCCAACCACCACAGGUGCUUCAACCAGCACCACAGCCGCUCCAACCAGCGCCUCCUCCAGCACUGUUCAAACCACAACAGGCGAAUCAACAACCAAGGCCUUCACAACUGGUGCUCCAACCGACACCAGUGCUGCUCCAACCACCAUUGCCACUCCAAUCAGCGCAUCUCCAACGAUCAAGAGCACUGCUCCAACCACCACAGCUGCUUCACACAGCGCCUCCACCAGCGCCUCUCUAACAAGCACCACAGCUACUCCAAAAACCGUCUCCAUUGCUCCAACUUUGUCAACCAACCCCUCUCCAACAAGCACAGCUGCUCCAAGCAGCGCCUCCACCACUGAUGCUCCAACCACCACGGCCGCUUCAACAACAACCACAGCUGCUUCAAACAGCGCCUCCACCACUGAUGCUCCAACCACCACAGCUGCUUCAACCACCACCAGUGCCGCUCCAACCAACGCAGCUCCAACGAUCAAGAGCACUGCUCCCACCACCACUACUACUACAAACAGCGCUGUUCCUCCAACUACAAUCAUUCCUCCAACCACCAGUUCCGCUCCAACAACCACCACAGCUGCUUCAAACAGCGCCUCCAUCAGCACUGUUCGAACCACCACAGGCACAUCAACAACCAAGACCUUCACCACUGCUUCUCAAUACAACACAACCACUCCAACUACGAGCAUUCCUCCAAUCACCAGCUCAGCUCCAACAACCACCACAGCUGCUUCAACCACCACCAGUGCCACUCCAAACAGCGCCUCUGCUAGCACUGCUCCAACCAGCACAGGUGAAUCAACAACCAAGGCCUUCACUGCCGCUCCAACCACCACAGGUGCUUCAACCAGCACCACAGCCGCUCCAACCAGUGACUCCACCAGCACUGUUCAAACCACCACAGGCGAAUCAACAACCAAGGCCUUCACAACUGGUGCUCCAACCAACACCAGUGCUGCUCCAACCACCAGUGCCGCUCCAAUCAGCGCAGCUCCAACGAUCAAGAGCACUGCACCAACCACCACAGCUGCUUCACACAACGCCUCUCUAAUAACUACCACAGCUGCUCCAAAAAGCGUCUCCAUUGCUCCAACUUUGUCAACCAACCCCUCUCCAACCAGCACAGCUGCAUCAAACAGCGCCUCCACCACUGAUGCUCCAACCACCACAGCUGCUUCAAACACCACCAGUGCUGCUCCAACCAGUGCCUCCACCAGCGCUGUUCUAACCGCCACAGGCACAUCAACAACCAAGGCCUUCACCACAGCUGCUUCAUGCACCAGUAGUGCCGCUCCAACCAGCGCCUCCACAAGCACUGUUCCAAACGCCACAGGCGCAUCAACAACAAAGGCCUUCACCACUGCUGCUUCAACCACCACCAUAGCUGCUUUAAACACCGCCUCGACCAGCGCCGCUCUAACAAGCACCACAACCAUUCCCACCACCACUACCACUCCAAACAGCACCAUUCUGACAACUAUGAGCACCCAUCCAUCCACCACCUCCGCUUCAACAACUACCACAGCUGCUCCAAAAAGUGCCUCCACCAGCGCUGCUCCAACCUCCACAGCUGGUUCAACCACCACCAGUGCCGCUCCAACCAACGCCUCCACCAGUGCUGUUCCAACUUUAUCAACCAGCACAGCCGAUCCAACAAGCGCCUCCACCAGCACUGUUCCAACCACCACAGCUGCUUCAAAAACAACAACAGCUUCUUCACACAGUGCCUCCACCACAACCACUACCACUCCAAACAGCACCCUUCCAACAACUACGAGCACUCCUCCAUUCACCAACUCCACUCCAACAACCACCACAGCUGCUCCAAAAAGUGGCUCCACUGCUCCAACUUUGUCAACCAGCCCCUCUCCAACCAGCACAGCUGCUCCAAGCAACGCCUCCAACUCUGAUGCUCCAACCACCACAGCAGCUUCAACAACAACCACAGCUGCUUCACACAGCGCCUCCACCAGCGCCGCUCUAACAAGCACCACUACCACCACUCCAAAAAGUGCCAUUCCGACAACUAUGAGCACUCCUCCAACUACCAGCUCCAUUCCAACAACCACCACAGCUGCUUCAAAAAGGGCCUUCACCAGUGCUGUUCCAAUUUUAUCAACCAGCCCCUCUCCAACCAGCACAUCUUCUCCAAGCAGUGCCUCCAACUCUGAUUCUCCAACCACUACAGCUGCUUCAAACACCAUCAGGGCCACUCCAACCAGUGCCUCCACCAGCACUAUUCCAAACGCUGCAGGCGCAUUAACAACCAAGGCCUUCACCACUGCUUCUCCAACCACCACAGCUGCUUCAACCAGUGCAGCUCCAACUAGCACUGCUACAUGUACUAGAGCUGUUCCUACCACCACUAGUGCAUUGACAACCCUGGCGUCUGGAUGUGCUCCUCUAGCCACAACUGCUGCUCCAACAACCACCACAGCUGCUCCAAAAAGUGCCUCCACCAGCACUGCUCCAUCUUCCACAACCAGACCCUCUCCAACCAGUGCCGCUCCACCCACAACUGCUGUUCCAACUACCACUUUGGGGUGGAUGUAAACUUUUAUAAAUAUUUUUGUUUCCCUGUUUUGUGUAAAGCACUUGUUCUAUACAAAUAGACUUGUCUUACCAUGAGCACUGCCACUCCAACAACCACAGCCGCUCCAACUACCACCCGUGCUACAACCACUAGCGCCCCUACUACCACCACCAACAGCACUUGUGCUGCUUCUUGAUUACCCGCACACUCUAUUAAUGUGAUGCCACUCCCUCUAAGUUCCCCCCAAUGUCUU